AUCAGACAAUCAGAUUAGAUCAGAUCAACAAAUAAGGUGAAUUAAACAAGCCUUUACUUUUUUUAAAUUUUUUUUUUUACAGGGGUUAAAAUUGAUUUUGCUCAAAAUGUACAGUAAUUUUUUUUUUUUGUUUAUUUGGAAAAGUUGUCAAUUACAGCCAUUUAAAAUUUUUAUUUUGUACAUUUAAAGUUUUUAUAAGGGUUAUUUUAUGUCUUAAGAAUCCAGAUUGAGCUCAAAAUUGGAAAAAAAUUUAUACAAGUAACUCGUUAUCAGCUUAUCUUGGCAAAAAAUAGUAGCACACGAAUCGAUACUUUUUUUUAUUUAUACGCACAUCAUUUCCCCCCCUUGAUAUGUUUAUAUUCCGUACUUUAACUGUUGAACAUUUCCUCCAUUUGCAUAUCUUCUUCUCAGUUCUCACACCUCCAAUUCUCCAAACAGAGCAUCAAUGGCGGACUGGUCUGAUCUUCCCAGAGAACUCCUCGAUGAAAUCUUAACCCGCCUCGAUUCCCCAAUUGACGCCCUCCGUUUCCGCGCCGUCUGCUCCACGUGGCGCCAUUCAUCACCAUCCAACCUCAAAUCCAACGGCCCACAAACCCCCCUCUCUCUCCCUUCCCAUGGCAUUUCCCUCUCCAAACGCUCAAUCUUCGUUCUCUCUCCUUGCGAAACCCCCAUUUCUGAAUUACCCCACAAUGACAAUCCCAAUUCAUGGGUAAUCAAAAUCGAAGAAAAAAACCUUAAUUUUUUUCACAUUUUUUUCCCUCUUUCGUGGACCCAGAUCGAUCCUCUACCUGAAGAUUUCCCAAGAGUCAUGGAUCUCUCCAACAUUCGAAUUCGUGAAUUGGGUUGUGAGUAUUUCCUUCGUUAUACCGAUAAAAUUUGCUUUAGGGGUGAUUUUCUGAAUUUACUUAUAGAAAAGGUUGCAAUUAUACCAGGAAUAAAUCAUGAUCAUUUUUUUCUAUUGACUAUUCAUGUUUCUGGGAAAUUAGCAUUGUAUAAUUCUGUUAAUAAUAUAUGGCAUAUUAUUUCUGAUAAAAUAGACGUACCUUAUGAUGAUAUUAUUGCCUUCAAUGGGGAGUUUUAUGCUGUUGAUUAUACUGGGAGGAUUGUUUUGGUUAGAUGUGAUGCUAUUGAUAAUACCGCGCUAUUGGCAACAUCUUUUGGCGGGGGUGAUAAGAAGCGUUUAGUAGAAGUUGGUGAUGAGUUAAUGUUGGUAGAUGUAUAUAUGGGUCUUCCUCCAUGGGAAUAUGAUCAUGAUAUGGAAAAUUUCGAUGGAUAUGUCACCUCUAGGUCCAAGUGGUUCAAGGUCUAUAGGUUGGAUAGGAAAAAUGCGGUGGAUUGAGGUUAAAGACUUGGGAAACUAUAUUUUGUUUUUGGGUAUGCAUUCUGGAUUUUCAGCAUCUGCUUCUGAUUUGUUGUGUCAUAAGGGGAAUUGCAUAUAUUUUUGCCUUCCCAGACAAUUGUUACCAUCAUAUUUCGAUAAAGAUGAUGUCUUCAAGUUUCAUAGCGGUGGUGUGUAUAAUUUGGAGGAUGCUAGCAUCACUUAUUCGGACCUGUUUUGGCCUCCUCCGCCUUGGAUUGCUUAGUCUUCCUGGGAGGAGAACCUAUGUUCUUGAUGAAAGAAAGUUCGGAGCCUAGAUGGUCAUCUUCCGAAUGGCUUUAACUUUCAAGCUACAAUAACUCCCCUGUUUUGUCAAGCUGAAAUCAAUUUGCAUGACGUUUCUUCCUCGCCUAAAAUGGCUUCUUCAUGUUUCCUAGAUUAAUGUACUUUGUAUGUAACCGAUCCUUGUACAUAAUUGAAUAAAUUAUCAAUAAAAUGCUUAACAGGUUUUUAUUUUCAUC